AUGAAGCAGUUGAAUCUGGACAUGCAAACGGCCAGUGAAAAGAGACUUCUGCAGAUUAACGAGAUGGAGGAGUUCCGAAAUGAUGCACAUGAGAAUGCUAAGAUUUACAAGGAGCGAACAAAGGCUUGGCAUGACAAGCACAUUUCAAGAAGAGAGUUCAAGCCGGGCCAACAAUUGUUGCUAUAUAAUUUAAGGUUGCGCUUAUUUCCAGGAAAGCUCAAGUCCAGAUGGUCAGGGCCAUUUACCGUGGUGAGAGUAUUUCCCUAUGGAGCAGUUGAAGUCACUCAUAAUGCAAAGGGAACGUUCAAGGUCAACGGACAACGUUUGAAGCAAUAUAUUAAUGGUGGCUUUGAUCAAAAGAAGACCAACAUUCUCCUGAACUCACCAUAA